GGUUCUUCUACAAGUGUACAUAUUCCAACGGCGUCACCUCGUCGACGUCCGUACAUACAUCUGCAUAGUCAGAGCUAGGGCCUGUCCUUACAGUUCUCACAUCAUCAUCGCCACCAUCGUCGUCGAUCCUCCUCAACGAUGUACGCCAAACUCCUAACCGCGGCGCUAGUCGCAGCAACGGCAACGACAGUGUCGGCCGAGUCCGCCCCAGGCUACAGCGGGUGGAACAACGUAUGGACAGAAACCUUCAACGGCGCGGCCGGGUCGUCCGUCAACUCAGGCAACUGGAACAUCAUCACAGGCCUGAAGGUCAACAACGAGGUGCAGACCUACACGACCUCGAACCAGAACCUGCAGCUCAGCGGCGGCGCCACCCUGCAGAUCGUCCCGCGCAAAGACAGUUCCGGGGCCUGGACCUCCGCGCGCAUCGAGAGCAAGUACACGUUCACGCCGACCGCGGGCGCGCGCACGCUCGCCGAAGCCAAGAUCCGCUUCGGCGACAACGCGAUCGCGAAUAAACAAGGCAUCUGGCCGGCGUUCUGGCUGCUGGGCAACAGCGUGCGCAACGGCGUCGCGUGGCCCGCCUGCGGCGAGAUCGACGUCAUGGAGACCGUCAACGGCAUCCUCACCGGCCACGGCACCCUCCACUGCGACGUCUACCCCAACGGCGCGUGCGGCGAGCCGAAUGGGAUCGGGGGCCCCGUGAAUUUGUCCGACCAGGGCUGGCAUACGUGGCGCGCGGUCUGGGAUCGUAGGGCGAGUUCGUGGUCCGGGGAGACGAUUACCUGGUAUUUGGAUGGAAACCAGUUUUUCCAGGUCUCCGGGGCGAGGGUCGGCAGUCAGAGUGUCUGGAAUACGUUGGCGGGGAGCCCGGUUUAUUUUAUUUUGAAUGUUGCUGUUGGGGGGAACUGGCCUGGUCCACCGAACAGCGCCACCCUUGAUGGCUAUGGGAGCAUGAUGGAGGUUGCGUAUGUUGCGCAGUACGUCGCAUAGACAUGAUCGCUGUCUAU